UAUGAAUCCUAUUUCUAUAUGAAAAAGGAAUUAUUAUCAGCAAUGAUGGUUUAUUUAAAACAUUUCCUCAGUACCUCAGAUGGUAUGUAAGAGUUGGUGGGUGACGUUCAGGCGGAGGUGGAGGAGGAGGAGAAAGAGGUGAAGGAGAAUUUGCCCCUUCACACCCUCUGGACACUGGUUUGGAGGCUCAGAACAGAGAAGCCACAGGCAGCACAAGGUGAAGAAGAUGAAGAAGCUGGUGGGGAUUUUGCUCUGCCUGGUGCUGCUGACCAUCUACACAGAUGCCAACCCUAUCAUCAAGGAGAGCGUCGCUAAGCAGCUGCUCCGCAGCAAGAGGCAGGAACGGCCAAUGAAGGCCGGCCACCCCGAUGAGCCAAUGAGGGAGCAUCUGCUUCACAUGCAGGUCCUGGACCAGAGGGCCCAGGAGACCAACAUGGAGAACUGGCUGAACCCCCACUGCUACCCUCGCUGUGACAGGAACUACGGAUACCCCGUCUGAUGAAGACCCCUCACUUCGGCCCCCUGAUGCCCGCUGUACCUGAAUGCACCACCGUGCACACGCACAGCAUGACACCCACACACUGCAGGGUGCAAUCUCACCAAACCGUUAGGAGUAGAAAAGUAAAGUCAUAACAUUUAUCUACAUCUCGAUCUCUUUAUGCCUCUUUGUCUAUUGAAUUACUUUUUUGAUAUGUUGCUAAUUUCCAGCUGUUGUCCAAACACUAUUCCAGUUUCAGUUGGAAACACGUAAUACUUUAAAGCAAUAUGCUCGGUGGGCCCCAUAGGCUGCUGACCUGUUAAAUGGUUUGAUUAUAUAAAUUAAAAGUCUAUAGAUCAAUUCAAGAGUAUUAGCAUGAUUUCAAUGACAUGUACCAACACGCCAAUCCACAGAGGUGGAGGAAGAUGUUUUUUAGGUCGGUUUUUGAGACAAAAAGAACGAUGUGAGAGAGAACCCUCCCUCAAAAACGCUGGGUAUGGAAAUAUGACCCAGAAUGCAUCCGAUUUGGAUUCAUUAUGGCAGACAGUGUAAAGGCAAGGGCAAGCAGGAUACAUAUUUUAGUCAUUACAGCUGAUGCAAGCAAAACACAUUGUGUUUUAAUUUAAUUUAAAGCAGAUGACUUUGAGGAAGAAUUGCAGAAAGAAUGAAUUGAUUUUCUAUAGAAGGAGCUGCUGUUCCUAUUCAGUCCACUGGGGGUCAGCCAGACAAUUGUCUAUGAUUUUCCUAGUUUGGCCCACUUGAGAUCAAAGUAGGCUGUAUUUGGCCCCUUGCCUAAACAUAGUUUGACACCCCUGCUAUGGAUGAUUACAAUUUUGGAAUACAGGCCAAAUCAACUCAAAACUAAACAAAUCCACUUUUAUAACCAUAAGGUGACAAAAUGUUUCCAUGCAUGAAUUACAAGUGGUUUGGCUUCAGCUGAUAUGACAUUGUUUGAACUAUUCUCUACUUUUUUUUCCUAACAUUAAAGGAGCUCAUGAUCCUGGCAACAAUGAAAAAGAAAAAGAUGAACUUUCUCUCUACACUUCUAAUAUAUGACCAUGUGGAGAUUUCUGAUAUAUUAAUGGUCAUGCAUAUAAUCUUACUGUAUUACAGUUGUGUAGUUUACUGUUAUUUCGAGCUUCCGAACUUAUCUUAAAUUGUUUAUCAAGGUGAAAGGUAUUAUGAUGAAUAUAAUCACAAAUAAAACAUAUACAUGCUA